AUGUCACUUCUUUUAUUCAUUUUUCUUUGUCAAAUAUUUCUGAGUCACGGCACCAUUCUCAAUUGUGAUUUUGAAACCAGUUGUAAUGAUCUUGGUUUGUAUGGUUAUUGGGAUAUAACAGACGGUUAUCAUCCUCAACCUAUCGAUCAUGGACAUACAUUAAAUACAAAAGCUGGUUAUUAUGUUGUCUACAAUCCAAGUCCUGGUGCAAGAGGUUUCGAAAUUAAAACCAAAAGUUGGUUACAACCUUCAACUAAUCGAUCAUUAUGUUUUCGAAUGUGGCAUUAUGCUUCUCAAAUAAAUUUUCUAUUUACUGUUUCGAUUGUACAAGGUGAUGGCGUAGAACUGAUACGUACACUCGCUUCAGUUUCAGAUAAAAAUGUUUCAACUAUUGACUGGACAUUAAUCGAAGUAAAAUUACCAAAUGAAAAAAUUGGCAUAUCUGUUCAAACAGUUAUAACACAGAAAUACCUAGCAUUCGAUGAUAUUUCUGUGGAUAAUUGUGAUGGUCCACCACCUUCACUUCCUAAAGUUUUAUAUACUUGCGAUUUCGAAUCAUCUUGUUCAGAGAGUUUUGUUUCAUUGCCUAUGUAUCCAUAUCAAUGGUUAAUAACAAAUGCAAGUGACGCUGACAGCAUUGAAAUCUUUGCUCCAUCUACUGAUUUUACAUAUGGAAAUAAAUCAGGACAUUAUGCAUUUGUACCAGUUUCCAAAAGAAUCGAUGAGGGUAAAGUGGGUUAUCUACAUUUACAAAAACAGUUACAAAUCACACCUCAAGAAACUUAUUGUUUGAAUUUUCAAUACUAUGCUUACCAUCAAGUGGCGGAAGUUAUUUGA